AUGCAGAACAAGCUCCUAUAUCUAUCAUGGCUGCCACCUUUCUCACGAUCUGAUAGGAUUUCUGAAUAUGAGGCUGAAUGCAAGCCUGUACAAUGGCAUGAAAAGCAAAUCCGAAGCCUGGAUGGUACCAAAUUGGCUGUCUGUGAAGGGUACAUACCCAGUAAGGAUGACCAAAAGCCAGUCACUGCUGGGAAGAAAGCAAGAUCAGUCGUAAUUUGCUACUUCCAAGGCAAUGGAGGCUCGACCCCUCUUCGAUUGCCACUUCUUUCACAAGUUCUAAGGACUGUCUCGACAAUAUCAAAGACGACGUCGUCAUCCCACGAUACCAAGUUCAUCAUCGUCGCCCUGUCAUACCGUGGCUACUGGACAUCUUCAGGCCGCGCAACACAACCAGGGAUUGAACUGGAUGCCCAGGCAUUCCUAAACUGGGUAUCUGAAACAUAUUCAUCUCCCGAGACUGAUCUACAACUCAUUCUGUGGGGACACAGCCUCGGCUCAUCCGUCGCAAGCUCCGCGCUAUCUACAUAUCUCUCCCAGCGCGAGAAAAGAAAAUCCAACAACGAUACAAGGCUUGCACCGGUAUCGGGGUUGGUCAUGGAAGCACCAACUUCGAAUAUCAAGGACAUGCUUAUCAGCUUAUACCCCCAGCGAUGGCUUCCGUACCGAUAUCUAUGGCCAUUUUCGUGGAAUACUUGGUGCAAUGCAACAAAUUUGAGGCAACUGGCUGAGUGGAGAGAUGGCAACCCACAAAAUGCCGACCCGGUCCCGCCUAUAUUCAUCCUGGCUGCCGAAAAUGACGAAGUGAUACCACCAUAUGUGGCCGGCCAGUUAGAGAAGAGAGGUCGAGACCUCGGGCUCGACAUCUCAAGGAAAGAGGUCAAAGGUGCGAUGCAUACGGAGGGACCACUGAAACCAGAUGGCCGAGAAGCACUUGUUGGGUUCGUUCUCGAGACGACUUCGAAGGAAUGA